ACAUCAGUUAAAGAACCCGAAAUUCGUGCUUUUGAAAAACAUCUUCCUGAAGAUGUUCAUAUUGUUUCGUGCCAUUCACUUCAUGGUCCUUCUGUAGAUCCUGAAGGACAGCCAUUGGUUAUGAUUCAACAUCGCGCCACAAAAGAGAAAUUCGAGUUUGUACUUCGUGUAUUAUCAUGUUUAAAAUCUCAAUUUGUUGUAUUAUCUUAUGAAGAACAUGAUCGUAUUAUGGCCGAUACUCAAGCUGUGACUCACGUUGCCUUUUUAAGUAUGGGAACUGCCUGGAUGACUCAAAAACAAUUUCCGUGGGCAACUCCGCAAUAUGUUGGUGGAAUAGAAAAUGUUAAAGUUCAUAUGGCAUUACGUAUAUAUUCAAACAAAUGGCACGUUUACGCUGGAAUUGCUAUUAUGAAUCCAAAUGCAAAAAUACAAAUUCAACAAUAUUCACAAUCAGUAGCUGAUCUGUUUAAGUUGAUGAUUCAGGAAAAAGAAGAGGAAUUCAUUACUCGUGUGAAGACUGCAGGAGAGUUUGUCUUUGGUAAAACUAGGAAUUCUUCUCGUAAACAAAUACUAUUAUCAGAUUCUAUCUUGGAUCAAUUCUCUUUAUCAAGUGUACCUAAAGAUAAAAGAAAACCAAAUUCUCACUUAUCGUUGUUAGCGAUGGCUGAUUGUUGGUACUCUCUUAAAAUUAAUCCGUAUGAACAUAUGAUGUGUCAAACUCCACUUUUUAGACUUUGGACAGGAAUUACGGAAUAUUUAUUCUGCAAUUCUGAAAUGUUAGACGAGGCAAUUCAUUCAGCAUUAUAUAGUAAAGAUAUUCGAGCAGAUGACAUGGAAUUUUAUAGCGCAACCAAAGGCUGGGCAGAAUGUGUUGAAAUUGGCAAUAUGAUGACAUAUCAAAGAAGGUUCGAGGAUACCGCAAAAUUCUUUGAGUCUAGGUAUAAUAAUUAUCUAUUUAUUACUUAUGUCUAUGCACCUGAUAGUUUACUGAUUUUAUAUAACGUUCAUUACUAG